CCCAAUUUCCUAUCGAUAAACCCGUCUCAGUUAACUACUUUGCUACACUCUUCCUCUCCUCAGGCAUCGGUGGCCCUCUGGAUUGCCGGUGGGUAUCGAGUUUCCGGGUAAGAUUAAAUUCGAGUGAAGAAUUUUGAAAAGAAGAUGGAUAAAGAGAAAGUGGAACAAUUGAAGAUUCAAAUGCAGCAAUGGUUACAUGAAGCUGAAGAAUUCAUCCAUCAAACACCUCCUGUUCAACUUUAUACUGCACUUGGAGUUGUAUUAUUCACCCUCAUUUUCUUGUUUAUCAUUCGCUUGUUCAAGCGUACAGCAUCUAACACCAUUGUACUCACUGGGCUUAGUGGAAGUGGCAAAACUUAUCUUUUUUACCAGCUUAGAGAUGGUUCAGCCCAUCAGGGUACGGUGACGUCAAUGGAACCAAAUGAAGGCAGUUUUAUUCUACACUCCGAAAAAGACAAGAAAGGGAAAGUAAAGCCUAUUCACGUUGUUGAUGUCCCAGGGCACUCUCGCCUUCGGCCGAAACUAGAUGAAUUCUUGCCUCAAGCAGUUGGCAUUGUAUUUGUGGUGGAUUCUGUGGAAUUUUUACCAAACUGCCGUGCUGCUUCAGAGUACUUAUAUGAGAUCUUAACAAAGGUAAGUGUAGUCAAGAAAAAAAUUCCAGUACUCCUCCUUUGCAACAAGGUUGACAAAGUAACUGCCCAUACAACGGAGUUCAUCAGAAAGCAGCUGGAGAAAGAAAUCGACAAGCUUCGUACAUCAAGGACUGCAGUAUCUGAUGCAGAUAUCUCUAAUGAAUUUACGCUUGGUGUACCUGGAGCAGCAUUUGCUUUUUCGCAGUGCCAUAACAGAGUAAUUGUUGCUGAAGCUUCUGGUUUGACUGGAGAAAUUUCUCAGUUGGAGAAGUUCAUCAGAGAGAAUGUGAAACCUUGAUUUUCUUCUCAAGCAAAUAGGUGUCCGGCUUUCUUUCGUUUUUUUUUUGUGGUCCGGGAAACUCAUAAUAUUAUCAGAAAGAUGUAAAAAUAUAUGCAUCAACUUGGAAAACAUAUUCAAAGUAGGGACAGAGUUUGGAGAUUUCUCUCUAUCUUGCAUAGUUAAUCUACCUAAACAUUAUGUUUAUCGUGCCUAAAAUAUCUUUGUUACUGUUAGCUUCUUUUUUGAAAAUGUAGCAAUUGCUCUUGAGUUA